AUGGAGACUGUGAUGGGCCCAGGGCAUAUGGGCCGCGUUCUUUGUGUAGGCACAGACAUCGAUAGUGCUGGACACUCAGAGCCCGAAUUACUCGUUCGAAUUCAGAGAUUACUGCAGUUCAAGGAGGCCAGUACUACCCAGCGUGAGAAUUUGCAGCGCUAUGGUCCGGAUAUCGCAGAGCAUGAGCUUGUCAUACUCAAUGAUCACUCUGAGACACGUCGACCAGAUGAGAUACGCUAUCGUUCUGAGCUGGUUUGGCGCUCGUAUAAGUACACACUGCCGAAAGACCCCAAGAAGAUGUCAAGGAGACAUAAGAUUCCCCGUGUGUUCCCAUACCCCCUGACUAUUUGUCGCGUACUUCGCGAUGACGGCAGGUUAGCCACUCAACACCAAUUCGAGGAGAACUUGAAGUGA